GCGAAAGUUUCACGAAAUUGUGACCACCAUAGAAGAAGCUCUCGAUAAAACUGGGAAGUGAUUGUAUAAUCGUUAACAUCAUAGUUACAAUUAACAAAGAACAGUCCUCCAAAUGUUUUCAAUUGGUGUUGUAAAUACUGCUUCCAUGUUCCAUCAUUUGCGUUAAAUAUUCGUUUAAGCCAUGCCAAUCUCAAAGCUUUAAAGCUUAAAGGUUAUAGUAAACUCAAUGAUGAUAAUUUUAUUUAUACAGUUCAAGCAUUUUAAAAAGUGAGUCACAGAAUAUGAAUUUGUGUUGCUGAUUUUAAACUAGUUUUGGCGUAGAUUGAAGAAUGCCUAUUACAGGUAAUGACAUUUUUAUCUGUAUUCCACCAACAGGAUUUGGAAUUGAAAUUUGCAGCCAGAUAUGGCAUUGAUAGCAAAGAAGGAAUGGAGGUUGACGAUGAGCCUGGUAAUUGUAUUUCAGAUAAUUGUAACCUGUUUUGAUUUGAGUGUACUGGUUUUCAUAUUUAUUGAACAUUGUUAACAUAACAAACCUUAUUGGUUUGGUAUAGCAAGCCAGUGGCUAGAAGAUUUUGAGAUCAGGCUGACAGAUUCUGACUCUCACUUUUACAAUGGGCAAAAAUAUAUUUUCAGAGACUUUUUAACAUACAGAAUUACCUCAAGUCUAAUACCCUUUUCACACCACCAGAGCAUGUUCCGUUCAACUGUGUUUAACUGAAUGAACAUCAGUAACAGAGAACUGAACAACUGAAUUUCUCAUAUGGUUCAUUGAAGUAGUCACUAACUCUUAAUUUCAAUGUGUCAAAUUUCAAACUGGUAAACACUGGCUUAAGCAGCUCACCAUUCACUGCAAUGAAGGGCUACCUUUGAAAUGUUGGCUCAGAAACUCUCUGCCAUGGCCAAUUUACUUAAGCUUUGGUGUGAAUUGGUUAUUACUUAAAAUUUUUGUCAACCUUAAGUUAAAUUAAAAUGGAACCAAAUUAGUAAUUGAUGUUGCUCCAGUGAAGUGAGUAUUGCAUUACAUUUGUUGCUAGGCCGUGUGAAACUUUUUUUAUGCAGUCUUCCUAAUCUGCUCAGUCUUGAGAUUAACAUUAAUAGAAAUGUGGCUAUUGGACAGGACUUUUGUCUUGCCUUUGCAGGCCAAGGAGAAUAGCUGAUACAUCACAUUUUCUGCCUAUUUUGGAGUUUGUAGACUUGACUGUAUUUUGUUUCUUUCAAUAGUUGUACAACUUCCACAUGAAGUACAACUGAAUGUGAGUGACACACAGGAGUGCCGAUUUCAGUAUGAUUAUUCAAGUAUCCAAGAUGAUGUAAUAGGGAACAUGAGUUUUCUGGAAAAUUUUGUGGACUCACCUCCAGUUGUCAUGAAAACUGUCAGGUGUAUCAUUGUUUACCUUUGGGAAAAGGAUACCCAUGGUGAGUAUGAUUAUUUUGAUCUUCUGUUGGACACAGUUAAGUGUAGCAUGGAAUAUGUGUGAGGUUGACCAGUACUGUGGGGUACAUCCUUCAAAAAUGUUACUCUCAACAAUGUAAGGGUUCUUUCAACAAUCGCAUUUUAAAGUAGUUGGGUGUUUUUGUUAUUAUAUAACUUGCAAAUGAGUUAUCUUAUUUAGAUCUGUCUUUGUUGUUUGGCAGGUAUUCAUUUGGUUCCUGAAAAUGAACACCUUACUAUAACCAAAGUGGAUGAACAUGGAAGGACAUCAGCAUUCAUAUACAGGAGUAGCCCUGCAAAGGACACGAUCACUGUUUCUGAAUGUCAACAAAUCAACAAUUUUGUUGGUGUUCAUCCAAAAAAAAAAUGGCUGAAAAGUGUCCUGUGGCUCCUAUCAGAAUUGGCUGUGAAUCAGUUUGGUAAGGGAAGAUAGUAACUAGUUAACUUAGGAGGUAUCUUGAGACUGCUGAAAAGGUUAUGUGUAAAUGUGGAAAAUAAACAAUGGACAAGGGGAGGGGAUUUUAGAGAGUUUGUUUUAAAUGGCAGUCAUGAAAUGUGAUGUUGUGUUGUUUUGACUGUCUAUGCAGUGUCAGAAUGCAAUGAUUACUUAUUCUCAGACUUCAGAAACAUCUAAGCAGAAAAUGUGCUCUUUCACAGCAAGUGGAGCAAGCUGAGUACUUGUAGAUAUUUAAACAUUAAAUUAAAAAUUACUUUCUUUUAUAACUUCCCUGUUUAAAUUUUUUAUACUUUAAGGCUGCUUUUAAGUUUCUUAAUCUUUAUUAUACCUCAUAAAAUGUUAGGAAUAUAUUUGUAAAUAUUUAAAUGUUUUUAACUAGUAGUUUCUAUAACAGUAUUGUUAGUUUUCAACAUCAGGCCCCUCUGGAUACCAUCCUUAUAUCAAUUGGAGUCAUAACAGACCAAUAAAAUCUCCUGAUAAUUUAACAAGUUUCGUUUCAGGAAAGAGUGGAAUCUUUGAAAAUUACUCGUACCCAAGCUGAAUACUUACACUCGUUAUUUCUUAUUCAUUUCUGUUACUGGCAGGGAAGCAAGGCUAAAGUCCUGAGAAACCCAAACAAGACUCAUUCGUAUUUUAAAAGAAAACAUUAAAUUUAGUUAUCUUAGAAGCAAUAAUUAAAUGCAAAAAGAUUUCCCAUACUUUUAUGUCAUUCUUUUAGUUGAAAACUAGGUGACAUAGAAUGUGUAAAGGGGUUAGUCUUCAGUGUCAGUGCCAGGUAUCACAAAAUGGUCAGUUUUAAAGUAGUUGGGUGUUUUUGUUAUUAUAUAACUUGCAAAUGAGUUAUCUUAUUUAGAUCUGUCUUUGUUGUUUGGCAGGUAUUCAUUUGGUUCCUGAAAAUGAACACCUUACUAUAACCAAAGUGGAUGAACAUGGAAGGACAUCAGCAUUCAUAUACAGGAGUAGCCCUGCAAAGGACACGAUCACUGUUUCUGAAUGUCAACAAAUCAACAAUUUUGUUGGUGUUCAUCCAAAAAAAAAUGGCUGAAAAAGUGUCCUGUGGCUCCUAUCAGAAUUGGCUGUGAAUCAGUUUGGUAAGGGAAGAUAGUAACUAGUUAACUUAGGAGGUAUCUUGAGACUGCUGAAAAGGUUAUGUGUAAAUGUGGAAAAUAAACAAUGGACAAGGGAGGGGAUUUAGAGAGUUUGUUUUAAAUGGCAGUCAUGAAAUGUGAUGUUGUGUUGUUUUGACUGUCUAUGCAGUGUCAGAAUGCAAUGAUUACUUAUUCUCAGACUUCAGAAACAUCUAAGCAGAAAAUGUGCUCUUUCACAGCAAGUGGAGCAAGCUGAGUACUUGUAGAUAUUUAAACAUUAAAUUAAAAAUUACUUUCUUUUAUAACUUCCCUGUUUAAAUUUUUUAUACUUUAAGGCUGCUUUUAAGUUUCUUAAUCUUUAUUAUACCUCAUAAAAUGUUAGGAAUAUAUUUGUAAAUAUUUAAAUGUUUUUAACUAGUAGUUUCUAUAACAGUAUUGUUAGUUUUCAACAUCAGGCCCCUCUGGAUACCAUCCUUAUAUCAAUUGGAGUCAUAACAGACCAAUAAAAUCUCCUGAUAAUUUAACAAGUUUCGUUUCAGGAAAGAGUGGAAUCUUUGAAAAUUACUCAUUACCCAAGCUGAAUACUUACACUCGUUAUUUCUUAUUCAUUUCUGUUACUGGCAGGGAAGCAAGGCUAAAGUCCUGAGAAACCCAAACAAGACUCAUUCGUAUUUUAAAAGAAAACAUUAAAUUUAGUUAUCUUAGAAGCAAUAAUUAAAUGCAAAAAGAUUUCCCAUACUUUUAUGUCAUUCUUUUAGUUGAAAACUAGGUGACAUAGAAUGUGUAAAGGGGUUAGUCUUCAGUGUCAGUGCCAGGUAUCACAAAAUGGUCAGUUUUAUCAAUAAAGUAGGUAAUGUAAAGUGGCCACAGUAGACUCAUUAUCAACUCAGUUAUAAUGAGGAUGUUAUAAAGUCCCAAGAAACCCAAGCAAGGCUUAUUUGUUUUUUCAAAGAAAACAUUAAAUUUAGUUAUGCUAUAAGCAAUAAUCAAAUGCAAAAAGAUUUCCCAUACUUUUAUGUCAUUCUUUUAGUUGAAAACUAGGUAACAUAGAAUGUGUAUAGGUUCUUUUUUUUUUGUUUUUUGUUUUUUGUAUCAGUGCCAGGUAUCACAAACUGAUCAGUUUUAUCAACAAAGUUGAUAAUAUAAAUUGGCCACAGUAAACCCAUCAUCAACUCAGUUAUAAUGAGGACGUUGUAGAUAUGCUUUUUAUUUACUCUUUUUUUUAUCCUUUAUAGGCUGAAUAAAUUUAAACACUGCUUUUGUAUAUUUGUGUGAAUGUACUUGAAUCCUCUUCAGCAAGGGAAUAAAACAAGCCAAAGGUUUGGUGACAUUUAACCCUUUCCUUCCCCACCCUGAGCUUUCACAUUUUCCAUCCUGUUCUCCUUACAUUUCCUAUGAUACUGACAAGAAUUGUUUUUGAGAAUAAGGAGCUUCUUAAAUUGGUGAUCAUUUCCUUUAUUCUUAUAACCUUUACAUUCAAUUAAAGGGUGAUACUGUAAGGAGAAAUUAGAUGCCAGACGCUCCUGGGGGUGGGAGGGUUAACUGCCCGCUUUUUACCAGGGGAGUAGUUUAUUUAAGGAGUAACUCGGUAUGUAGUGGGUACACUAUCAUGACCCGAUGACAAAUGAUUUAUUCCACUUGGAACUCGAUGCAUUCUGGCGCCGUUAGAGACAGUAAUCAUAUCCACUCGAGUUAUUUGCCAAAUUCUUAAGAAAAAUAAAAAUUUAUUUAUUAAUUGACGUUUUCCUUGGCGGUGUCGUCCAGACUGCGCAAGUUCCCUCUUUAAGGCAGUACCUGGCUGGUGGGCAUUUAGACGAAGAAACAAAUCGAUCAAAUGAAGGAGUUGUUAGAUUUUACGACAUUAUUUCCAAUACGAAGAUCUCGCCUUCAGGUUAAAAAAACACUGCAUAAUUUGUAUUUUCCUUUCGUUUUAAUAUUUAGAUUCAUUGUGUUUGGUUAGUCUCCAUUUGAUUCUGUAAGUUCAAAUUCUUCAACCCUUUUUAAUGUUCGUACAAACAUCGUAAUGCCAUGAACCUUAGCUAAAAGUUCAGUAAUAACUUCAUACGUAUAUCCUCCUGAAAGAAAAAUGAAAUUAUGCUUUCCUCUUCCUCGUUUAUCAGUAUUGUACUGUUUCGUGCCACCCCCGGUAAAUAAAGUUUGAUUGA